AUGCCUCUAAUAUACGGCGAAGGCACUAAAGCUUUUUUGCGACUACAGCAGGAGAUCCUGAGGGUGUCUGACGACCAAUCUCUUUUUGCGUGGGGUGCGCCAGAAGUCUUCACCGACAUCCAGGUCUUUCUACGUGAGUUCCAGGUGUCUAACAGGCAUGGGCUUUUCGCGGAUUCCCCAAUGGACUUUAUGACCAAACACGACAUAAUGCAGACUAUAAGCGAAGUGGUUAGUCAUCCCCCCGUCAUACACGGCAACGGCGUGCGAGUUCAGUAUCCUGUAGUGGAAAGGGGGUCUCGUUCUUUCAUCAUCCUAGCUUGCACCACUCGCAAUACAGCUCGAGCUUAUAUAGGUGUCCCGGUGGAAAAGGGAGACUAUUUCUAUUAUACACGCAUCGGACCGCUAGUCCUCGUCUUUCCAGAGCAUUGGACAAAGGCAGGCCCCAAGGCGUUAGUCGUAAAAGACCCCCCUAUCGAAACCGUACCACCACUUCCAGCAAGCUUCCAGAUCUUACGCGCGCCUAAUAAGUCGCGAACAAGGAUAGAAGACCAAUAUGUGCUAGAUGAUGUGCUUUGUCUACCCCAUGCCACCUAUCAUCCUAUUGAACAUUCAAUUUCAAUCCCACCUGGGCACAGGGGAACACAUGCGGCACUAUUCUUCACAUUUAGCGCCGCUUUCGACAAAAAGAGCCAGUCUGUUGAUGGUAUAUUCCCCAUACGUUGCUUCGCAAUUGUCUUGGGUACCUCGAAAUACCCAUGGAUGGUGUUUGUUCCUAUUUUACGUGAUGCCCAGGCAGACACAGACUUUCAUGAAGUUUUGCAACAUGCCACAGGGCUAGCUCGCUUUUGUAUGACGAAACGCCAGCUGAAAGACAAGUUUGUGCGAAAAGACACGGGAGGGUUCCAAGCUAGGAGUCGCCAGUUUAAUCAGCUUCUGUGUGUAUGGCGCAUAAAGCCGUCUGUGUACCGAAAUCUCGAACUUUGGGUCAGCUUGGAUAUAGACCAAAUCAAUUUGGUAGAUGUGACUAUAUUUAUCACGAUCGACAUCUACGAGGUAGACGUGAAUGGUGAAUCGCCCACUCCAGUUUUUCAACACUCUAAUUAUGUCGUUAACAAGGGAGAACCAACCGAAAAGAGACGAGAGUAUUCGCCGAACUGGCUGACGAUUGACGAGUUAGAAUGGUUCAAAGAUCGAAUAACCACAAAGGUCUCGUUUCCAACGACCGACAAGUUUGAUGACUAUUGA